AUGCACAAGACCACUGUUGAUGAAUUCUACGAGAACAACCUUGGUACAGCUACAACGCCAGUGGUAGAGGAUAAAGGAUCCCCUCAAGCCUCCGAGUAUUCAAACAGCAGAAUUGACGAUAUCGACUCUGACAGAUCGGUUGAGGACAGCCGGGGUAACCCUGGGAAGGAGAAAGUGAUGAGGAAUGGGAAUCCAGAUGAUGAUAGUGAAGUGAUUGGUGGUGGCGGUAAAGAUGUUAAGAGAAAAGCAGCUAUCUCAACAAAAGGCGUGGCGUCCUGA